AUGGGCACGUAUGGAGUUGCUAUUGAUGAAUGCACUCCCCCCAAGAUCAAGGCCAAGACCAAGACUUUGAUUAACUUCCGAUAUUCGCGCAAUUUCCGAUGCGAGGCCAACGUUUACCUCAUCGGUCUGAAGGGAUUUCACUCGAUAUUCUUGCCACAUUCCGGUAUGCGAGGACAAGAAAUCCUGUCUUCAUAUCGACUUGUAAACGGGACUUCUCUCAAUUCAGGGUCCAUCAACAUCAAGGUGGAAAUUGAGACCGGGGAUCUGAUAUGA